AUGCGUUUCUCACUCCAACCCGAGGCACAACCCCCUGUUUCGCACCAGAACAACUCCAUAGAGCUCGUCUACGACUACACAUCAGGCUUCCAAUCAAUUGACGACGAAAUGGACUCUCUCAUCGACUUAUCCGACCCCUCCAAGGCCCUGGACCUGUCCCGCAUCCGGUACCAGUUGAUCCGUCUGGAGGACACAAUCACCUUCCACCUGAUCGAGCGAGCCCAGUUUGCGCACAACAAAACCAUCUACGUACCCGGUGCACUCAACAUCCCCAACAGCGACCUGAGCUUCAUGGACUGGUACCUCCGCGAACAGGAGAAGCUGCAGUCCAUCAUCCGCCGCUACGACUCCCCCGACGAGUACCCCUUCUUCCCCGAGGCCAUUCAGAAGCAGAUUCUCAAGCCUCUGCAUUACCCGCGCAUUCUGCACCCCAACGACGUCAACGUCAACAGCCAGAUCAAGGACUUCUACGUCGACAAGCUCCUCCCCGCACUCUGCCCCGAUUUCGGCCGCGAGGACCGCGGUGAGUCCCAGGAGAACUACGGCUCCUCCGCCACCUGCGACAUCGCCUGCCUGCAGGCCCUUUCGCGCAGGAUACACUUUGGAAAGUUUGUCGCCGAGUCCAAGUUUCAGUCCGACCCGGAAAAGUACACCAGGCUCAUCAAGGCCGAGGACCGCGACGGUAUCGCCGACGCCAUCACCAACGCCGCCGUCGAGAAGAAGGUCCUUGAGCGCCUCCGCCUCAAGGUCCUCACCUACGGCACCGACCCUUCCAUCGGAGCCGGCCCCGAAAACCAGGCCAAGAUUGACGCCGACGCCGUCGUUGCCAUGUACAAGGACUUUGUGAUACCCCUGACCAAGGAAGUCGAAGUUGAGUACCUCAUGCAGAGGUUAGAGCCCAUAGAGUAG